UGGCUCUUCGGCACCCGUAGGUGAAAAAGCACGGACAUAAAAAUACUACGGAAACCUCAGUUCACACGCCCAUGUGAAGUUCUCCAGGAUGUUAUUAGUGAGUAGUACUAUUAAAAAAGCUGGGCGGCUGAAAUAGUUAUACACAUAUAACGUCACCGGAUGCCACAUCUGUAUCGUUGCACAUUUUGAUAGAGAAUGGCGUCUAAUGCUGUUUAUUCGCAUAAAGAUCCUAUGCUGAAGAAAAGAGAUGAUUUUGAAGACAUUUUGGAAGAGAGAAGGAAUUCCAGUGACCUGAGAUACGCUCUCAAAUGUUACACCCCUGCUCUGUACAAAGGGCUGACUCCCUGCACAGCCAGCGAGCUGAAGACCAUGGUGCUGCACUCUGAUCAUCUACAUUACGUCAUCAAUCAGGUUUCCAAAGAAACAGGGGUGACUGCAGAUGAAGUCCAGGAAGAGGCGUCGGACAUCUUGGAGGAGAUGGCUCAACGCUUGCAGCUCAGCACAGUUCGCUUUUUUGCCUUCACUCUCAGCAAAAUCUUUAAAACUUUGUUCAGGAGCAUCUGUGUAAAUGAAGAGGGCAUCCAGAGACUCCAGCUAGCCAUUCAGGAGCACCCGGUUGUUCUCCUACCGAGUCACCGCAGCUACAUGGACUUCCUGCUGAUGUCAUACAUCCUGUACACCUACGACUUGGCUCUACCUGUUAUUGCUGCAGGCAUGGACUUCAUGGGGAUGAAGUUUGUUGGGGAGAUGCUGCGAAUGUCUGGAGCUUUCUUUAUUCGGAGGUCGUUCGGUGGGGACAAGCUGUACUGGGCCGUCUUCUCAGAGUACGUCAAGACCAUGCUGAAGAACGGAUUUGCUCCAGUUGAAUUUUUCCUUGAGGGAACCAGAAGUCGAACAUCCAAAUCUUUGACUCCAAAGCUAGGUCUGUUGAAUAUAGUGAUGGACCCAUUCCUUAAAGGGGAAGUGUUUGACAUCAGCCUGGUCCCAGUCAGUAUCAGCUAUGAGAGGGUCUUGGAGGAAGCUCUCUACGCCAGAGAAAUGCUGGGUGUGCCAAAGCCCAAAGAGUCCACUUCUGGUCUGUUUAAAGCCAGGAAAGUCCUCAGUGAAGACUACGGCAGCAUCCACGUGUACUUUGGUCAACCUGUGUCUGUCAGAAGUUUAGCGGAGGGAAGAGUUAACCGUUGCCAGUUCAACCUGGUACCGAGACAUAUUCCCAGGAGGUCCGGAGAGGAAAUCAUCAGCUUUGUCAAUGACUCAGCCUACAGGCUGGUUCGAGCUCAGGAGGAGAACAUGGUCCUGAAGCCCUGGGUCCUCCUGGCUUCCCUGCUGCUCCAGAACCAAGCUGCAGUGGAGAAGCAGGGGAUGCCGCUGGAAGAGCUGACCGAAGAAGCUCUGUGGCUCAGAGACCUCGCUCGGCAAUAUGGAGCCUUCCUCCACUGGCCUGACCAUGUUUCUCCCUCUGAGGUGGUUUCAUCCAGUCUUUCCCUUCAUCAAGGACUCGUCAGGGUCUCUGAGGGAAGAGUCCAGCUGGCUUUGGAGCAAGCAGUCAGACAAGCUGGAGCAGUGGAACCUCAUAAUGCCAUCACACCAGAGGAGGAGCUGUUGAGCCAGGCAGUGAUCAUACUCUCAUGCGCCUCCUAUAGAAACCAGGGGCUGCAUGUCUUCCUCCGACCGGCUCUCCUAGCCUCAGCCAUCCACACAGCAUCCUCCAACAAGAAACAUGAUGUCUACAACAGCUUCAGCUUUCUGAGGAACAUGUUCUCCAAUGAGUUCAUCCUCUGUCCUGGAGCUGCCGUGCAGGACUUUGAGGAGGCUUGCUACCUCCUGGCAAAGAGCAAAGUUCUGCAGAUAAACCAGCAGGAGAUUCUGGUUACAGAAAGAGGACACAGGACACUGGCCUUCCUCAGCAGUAUGCUUGAUCCUUUUCUACAGGGAUACCAGGUGGUGUGUAGGUUCCUGUGUGAGGAGACAACAGAAGGCCUGACGGAGAAGCAGUUUGUUCCUGCUGUCCAGAAGUUUAUCAUCAAACAUCUUCUAACAGGCAGAUUAAGAUACGCUGAGGUGUUGUCAUCAGACCUCCAGAAGAACGCUCUGGCAGCUUUGCUGAGACUUGGAGCUGUUCAGAAACUCAAAGGAGGAGAGGAACCGGGGAUGCUGACGGUCAAUGAGGUGAUGGUGAACUCUCUGGAAGACACUCUGGGAGGAAAACUCCCGACUCAGAAGGCUCUCGCCGCUCGCCUCUAAGUCAGUGACCCCAUUAGCCAAAGGGAUGGUCUGUGUCGCUCCCGUGUACGUGGAAUGGUACAAAUCUGCUCGGUGAACUAUAAACGCAGCCAAAACUCACUGAAGUCUGUGAGAGAUGAAACAAAAGAGUUGCAUCUGGAAACAACUCAGCCUCCUUUUUACUGAUAUUUUCUACUAUUUCACUAUCUGUCCUCCUUUUUCAAAAUGUCUCUCUCAGACUUUUCUCUUAUCAGUCCUUUUUUAUAACCCUACAUUAAACCGGAUGACGAGUGAAGCAUUUAAAGGUGUCAUUUUAAGCUCAUUCAGCUUAUCAGACUCUUUGCUAUGAGCUCUGUUUGUGCCAGCCUCACCCAGAAAAGUGGCCAUUCACAUGUUUCCUCUAACACUCAAGCUUUGCCUUCUUCUUGUUUUUCUUUUGUGUCUGUCCUUUUUCUGUCAGCCAUAUACUCCUUUCAGCACUUUUUAACAAAUGUGGUGUGGACCUCUAACUUAACUUUCUGUCUGAAAUCUGUCGUGUCCCUUUGUUUGCGCUUGCACUCUGCAGUCUCUGUUUGUGAACUUGUCACAGAUGCAAGGCCUGACUUAAGGAUAGCUUGUUUCAAGUACCUUUUUUUCUUUCUUAUGAUUUAAACUCCUUGGUUUGGGUUUUCCACCCAUCAUCAGGUCCUUUUGCCAAAACUGUGCAACACAGAUUAAGUGGUGUAUUCAUCGUUGCCUACACAGAGGAGAUAACUGCUACAAGUCUAAUGCCAGUGUCAUUAAGUUGCCAAACUCUUGAUAAAGCUGAAGCUGCACCAAAGAAACAAUGUUGAAGUUUUUGUUUUGUAGGAAGAAUUUUCAUGUUGUCUUUAGAGUAGUUACUGAAGUUGUCAAAGUCAGCUCUUUUAAUGGUGUUAAAUUUGUCUUUAUAUUUGCUUAUUUAUAAUUCAAACUUGAUAUACUUUUGUUACAUAGGAAGGAAGAAAAAGGAAAAAGAGAUUAAAAUAACAUUUGAACUCAGAGGAUUUCUGAUGAAAUGUCACUGAAGUAGAACCAUUGAUUUUAAGACUCAGGGUGACACGUUUGAAGUGUCGGUAGGUGUGCAACUUUGUUCCUCUACAACAUCUCUAAAUGAACAGUAGAUUAGUUUAAAAAUCCCCGGAUUAGUUAUUUAUUUGGUGGAUACCUGACAUGAAAUCCCAUUUGAGUGUCAGCAGCUGAUUGAUGUUUUACAGGAAGGCUGAGCUGCUUUAGAUAUUAUUUAAAAAACAAGAUUAAAACCAAGUCAUCAUAUGUAAAUAUGGCAUUAAUGUCUUAUGUCCUUAUAGCCUUGUGUGUAUGUGUAAAUUAGCCAGAAGUACCUUCAUUCAUUCACAAAUCUCGGUGUUUAUGACGUUCCUCCAGAUUUUGCCUUUAAUACAGUAAAAAUGAAAGUUGGAAAAACAAAUCAGCUGGCUAACUAAUUAUUGACCAUCAGCUUAUUGUUAGCAAACACCAAACUAAUAGAAAAUUGUGUGAUAUCCAUUGUUGAUGGAUCCACUUCCUAACAAUUUUUUUGCCACUGAUGGUAAUGCCUCCUUCCUUUAAACUAGAUGGAAAAAUAUACAAUUGGUCUUUUAAUGACUGAUAAAGUUUCUAGAAAUGUGUUGAUUAAAUUCUGGAUGUGGCCUGUACUUUACACCAUACAAAGCUUGUUUGGAAAAGAAACGUAGGAUGAUGCUCAUGGUUUUUAGUUCUCUGUUAUUGUUGGAGUUCUUAAAGUGAGUACUAAAGUAGCACUAGGCAACUUUUAUGAAAAUAAAAAUAUGGAUAUGAGACUCAUUUUAAUGGCUCAGUGACAUAUUUUAUGUACAUUCCUGGAGUCGUCAUUGACAGGCAGCAUCCUGAGGCUGAGAAAACGAGCUUUACCACUUUGUGGUAAACAUCAUGCUACAGCACGUUUUUAACAUACUGCGUCUCACACAAGCUGCUCUUCUGAACAUGCUGAGUCAUCUCUUGCGUUUCUUUGAUAAAUCAGCAUUCAAAAUUGUCAGUGUAUUAAUAUCCCAAACUCGGAUGUAAUGUGGUUUUCCAGGCUGGAACACAAAGUUGUGAAGUGCGGUUUCUCACUUCUCGGGAUGCUGCUGGGCAGCGACGUCUCCAGGGAUGUACAUAUUAAGUGCUACUGUGCCAUCAAAACAAGUCAGAAACAUUCAAGUUUAAGGUCAGAUGGCACAUAAAGCAACUUUAAAGAACCAGCAACAAACAUGGGCUUAAAUAAAAUCCAUAUAUUAAGACAAAGGGGAUAAAAAUGAAUCUAUUUUAGUUUCAGCCAAAUGAAAAGUGCCCUAAAACAUAAAUUCACUCCAUAUACUGAAGCUAGAUUUACCCUCCAUUUUAUAACUAGCCUAUCAUUUACUUUGUUCAUGUUGGUUGCCAAGACGACAAGGCCACUUGUAAAAGCUGAAACUCUUUUUGUUAUUGAGUUUAACUCGCCCAGCAAAGCAGCUCUGCAAUAAAAAAAUUUUCAUGGAAGAAAAAUCUGCUCGUUCACGCAUCAUCAAGAGUUCAGGUCUGCUGUGUUGCUUUUUUCAUGGGUGUUUUGUUUUUAUAAUGUGAGUUUUUGGUUUCUCUGUGUACAUGUGUACUUAUGGUGUUAUAAUGCUGAAUGUACAGGCUGAUGAAACACAAAAGCAUGUAAUAAUAAAUCAUUUUGAGAUACAA